AUGGGGAAAACUGUUCGUAAAGCGCGUAUUACAUCUAAGCAGCGUCGCUCAUGGUGUGCUCAAGAAAAACUAAUGGUUGUUUGUUACCAUGAGCAUGGCCAUUCUGUAAAGAAGACUGCGGAAAAAUUUAACAUUCAAAGGAAGCAGGCGUGGGAUAAAAUCGAUGGUGAACUUAUUAGAGGCGCAUUUAAAUGUUGUGUGAUUUCAGUCAGAGAGGAUGGAACGGAGGAUGAUUUAAUAUUCGAUA